AUGUCAUCACAAGAAGAAUAUUCAUCAGAUGAAGAAAGCAUCUAUGAUUCUCAAAAUAAGAAACAAAAAGUAUUAUUAGGUUUUGUAGAUGGACCAAUAACUGAAAAAGAUAAACCAACAAUAGAAGAUACAUUUUUAGGAUCACAACCAAUAUGGUUUUAUGAAGAUUCAAAACCCGCGGAAUCAAUGUUAAUAUGUGAUAAUUGUAAAUCGAAGUUAUCAUUAUAUUUACAAGCUAAUUCACCAUUAGAAAAUACUUAUUAUGAUAGAAUAAUAUAUUUAUUUGGUUGUAAAAAUUCACAAUGUUCUAAAAAAAAGGGAAGUAUUAAAGUUAUCAGAGGUAUUAAUAAAAAUGAUGAAGUUAUUAAACGAAAUAAAAAUGCUUUGGAUGAUAUGGAUGAUCAAUUAAAUCAAUCUGAAGAUAAACAGAAACAAUUGAGUGAAGAAAUUACAAAAAAUUUAUUUAAAAAAAAUGAUGAUGAUGAAGAAGAAAAGACAAAACAAAAUCCAUUUGGAGGAUCAAAUCCGUUUGGUGAUUCUUCUACUAAUCCGUUUGACUCAAAUUCAAAUCCAUUUGAUAAAAAACCUGAGAAGAAACAAGAAAAUUCGAAAGAAGUAUCGACACAACAACAACCAAAAACAAAAACAUCAUAUGCAGAAAUUGCAUCUAAAAAUGCUCCACCACCAUCAAAACCAUCAAAAUCUAUAGAAGGAGAAUUACCAGAAUAUCCAGGUAAUUUCAUAUAUAUAGAAUCAGAAAAAUUAAAAAAAGAUAAAACAACAGAUGAAGAAUUAGCAAAAUAUAAACAUUUAAUAGAACAAUCACAAGAAAACGAUGAUGAUGAACAACUACAAAAAGGUAGUUCUAAAAGAAGAGAAUCAUCAUCAUCAGCAGUAUUAGAUCCUCAAACAACAAAAAUUUCAAAUAUGUUAGAUGAUAAAUAUUUUGAAAAUUUUUCAAAUAAAACAAAAUCAAAUCCUGGACAAAUUUUAAGAUAUGAUUUAAAUGGUAAACCAUUAUUAUAUAAUGGUAAAGAUGAUAUUGCAAAAAUUUUUCUACUGGAACCUUUUAAUAUUCCCAAACCAUCAUAUAAUCCUUCAAGUAGUAGAAGAUUUGAAUUUCAAUUAAUGCCAAAUGCUAUAAUGAAUUUAGAAGAUUUAAAUAAUAACACUAACAAAAAUAUAAAAGAUAUUUUAAAUGGUAUGAGUUGGGGUACAAUUAUAGUAUGCACUGAUUUUGAAGAUUAUAUACCCGAUGAAAUGUUUGAUAAGAAUAAAGUUGGUUAUAUACAAGAAUGGUGUGGAGUUCAAUGGGAGGAAAGUGUAUAA